AUGCCCAACGCGUCUUCUCAGCCCGAAUACCACCCCGACAUCUCAGAAUUCUUCGGAUGGGUGCAAGCUCACAGUGUCCUAGGUACUCGAGGUCCAGAUUCGCUCGCGGAGCACCCAUUUAUGCCACGUCCACGCCUGGAGGCUUAUCUCAAAGAGAACGGUAGAACGAAGACGCUCCUCCGGGCCCUAUUCCCCGGCCGCGAUCCUCCCAUAGCGCCCGAAGAAAUCUGGCGCCAUUGCAUCAGUGUCUUUGCUAUCCUUCUCCUGAUCGGUAAAGGGACUUUCAUCGAAUACUUCUUAAAACACGAUCAACUCUGGGAUUCGAAACUGCCCUUCAUCUCCGACCAUUGCUUUCCUGUUACCACUGGCAAUGACUCCUUUUUCGAAUCGUUUUGCAAACAGCAGUGGCAUUUCUGUCCUUACACUUUUCGUCGGAAUGUUAUAGACGCACAUCUAGAAAAAGAAUGUAUCCUACCCAUUGUGAGCAAGGACCUGCUUGGCGAAGGUGGAAGUGCAUCCACGUAUAAAAUCAAGCUUCACCCUGCCCACGAUGACCUCUCGGCUUGCACUGUCAACGGUGGUGAUCCUGGCUGCCAAAACGAAAAGACAUAUGUAUUGAAGACAUAUCGUUUUAGGGAUGCCAAGGAUAACUACGAAUCCGAAGUGAGGGCUUUUCGGGCUCUAAGGCCCGGUGGUUCCCUUGGAAAGAGUAUCAUAGGAUUCUAUGGGAGCUACGAACAGGAUGGAUCCUACAAUGUGUUGCUUGAAUACGCCGACCGCGGCACAUUGGAGAACUACCUAGCGACUACUCCUCCACCUUCCACUGCUGAAGAUAUAUACACGUUCUGGAAGUCCUUGUUCAAUGUCAUCAAUGCCUUGAACUUGAUACAUAACGUAUCAGGCGAUGCUCCCGAUGACCCUCCAAUACUCCAGGGAUGGCAUCAAGAUAUAAAACCUACAAACAUUCUCGUCACAAGUGGUAAAAGCCAAUCAAUCUACGAUUGUGACUUUAAGAUUGCAGAUCUCGGUCUCAGCCACUUCCGGAAAUUACGGGCAGCACAUGGUGCCGCCACCGACAAAGACACAAGCGGUACCCGUGAAUAUGGUGCUCCAGAAUGCUACAGAUUUGCUGAUUUCAUGAAAAGGAGCCCACUUAACGUUAAACAGGCUGUGGAUAUCUGGUCAUUAGGUUGUGUUUUUUCCGAAGUCGCUGUAUGGGUUGUGCAUGAUAAGGACCGCCUCGAUGGUUAUCGUCAGAUGCGACAUGACGAGACCAAGCAAAUAUAUGGGUUCAAAGAUGGUCGAGCUUUCCAUGAUGGCGAAAAGGUGCUUCAAUCUGUCGGUAUUAUACACACAGAAGUCCUUAAGAAUGUCCGGCGAUCUGAUCAUGUUACUCGAUCUGUGGUCGAGAAAAUGAUUACAGAGAUGCUGGACGAAGUUGACGGGCGACCAAACACAAAACAAUUAUGGCUGAAGUCCACAUCCAUUUUGAGGGACGCUGAAACAAAAAUCGUGGCGGCCAAAGGGGGAACCCAAAUAGUAGAUUCCGAAUCUCGAAGAAAAACACCACCUAUAACCCCUCCGGAUCUCCCUCACUCCCAAUCUGAUCAGCCUGGUCGAAACCGUAUACCCAAGCGCUGGUCAUCUCUCAAGCGACCUAGGGAAACGCGCGCAGCAACAUUUGAUGUUCCUGCCCGAGAACAUAUCCCUAGCGUGGAAUCGAAUGCGGAUGAUGCACACGAGACGCAUGACGAACUGCUCGAUAACACCCCAGCAACGCGAUCAAGCCCUCAAGAUCUUCGUGCCGCCACUCACAGUCUCCCUCCAAACUCGUUUGGUGACGCUGACCACUAUCAAUUUGCCCACAAAGUGCAUGACAAAAGUGUAGAGAGUUCUGUUCCGAAGCAUUCUCCAACACGGAACGGCAAAAAUCGCGAACUCGCUCCAACGAAACAUAGCGACUCAGCGUUAGACCCUCUUCAAAACAGUGAUGUUACUCAUUCCAUGACACGUCUGGACAUUCAAGGCUCAAAUGAUAGUUCAAAGCGCCUACAGACGGAAGUCUCACCUCGUCCGCAGGUCGAUCUUGAUGGUUCGCAAUGCCGACCCAUUUCGAAGACUGCCACUAUUGCACCUGCAUCCCCGCCCACUAGGCAAUUUACUUCUCAACCACUGCCAUACCUCUCGCUUGCGGACGCUGAGAAGUGGAUGCCCAAAAGGUGGGAACGGAAGACAUCCAACGUCUUAAAAGACGCUUAUUUGCUCGAUAAUCUCAAUAACCGGGACCACAUAUUUCUUGUUGACGACGCUGCUUCCAUGCUCCCUUACUGGCGGGACGUGUGUAAUGUACUCCGUGUCUUGGCAUACAUGGUCAAGGGCUCUGAUGACGACGGUAUGGACUUAUAUUUUACAGUCUCAAGCAUAAAUCAUAAUUCCAAAAAGGCAACCGGCCUGUACAAUCAGAUCCGGGGAAAGCAGCUCCAGGGUACUUCAGACAUUGGGUUGCGUCUGGGCAUGAUCUUGGAUGACUAUAAAGCGUCACUUCGUCAGCCCCUCCAAAAGCGGCUGUCUCUCUUAGGGAGAGCGAAGCGAAGGGUACGAAAAGGGCUGAGCGUGUACAUCCUCACGGACGCAGUCUGGCAACCUCAUUCGGAUGCAGGCCAGCCAAUUGAAUCGUUGGUGAGAACGCUCGUAGAGCUGGACUCUCCUCAAAAGCUGGUAGGGAUCCAGUUCAUCCGCUUUGGCAACGACCCCGAUGGCAUCGAGAAGUUGAAGCAUCUGGACUCUGGUCUGCGCCUAGAAAGGGACAUCGUUGAUGCAGAGCCGGCAGAUGGUAAUGUCUGGAAGAUGCUCCUGGGUGCGUCUAAUAAAUGGUUUGACGGUGACGAAGAGGAAGACCACGGAGCCACAACACACGGACACUGA